AUGGAUGCAGGUGAAUGGAUUGAAUCUUUCGUCCGAGGCGCAAUGUGCCUUCUGGGAAUUGUGGGGAACAACUGGCUGGCUGUCCGUUCCAUUCCGAGUAAGACGUCCCAAAUCAGGACCAACGAAAUGCUCUUCAUCAACCUGGCCAUCUCCAACCUCAUCACAAACGUCCUCGUGGACCUGCCCGACACCAUGGCGGACUUUGCCGACGAGUGGUUCCUGGGGAGGACCUAUUGCGCUAUAUUCCAGUUCUGCUCGGACCUCUCCGCGACCAGCAGCAUCGUCUCGACGUCUCUGAUCACCAUUUAUUGGCACCAGAAGCUGGUGGGGUCGCUGAGCCGCGGCACGGCCCCGGUGCGUCUGGACAGCCUGCGUCUGGUGGCCGCUCUGCUGGCCGGAGGAUGGGCCAUGGCGGUGGUGUUCAGCGCCCCCCACUUCUACUUCGUCUCCCUGGACACGAGCAACAGCAGCUCGGACGACUGUGUGGAAAGCUUCCCCUCCCCCGUGGCCAGGCAAACGUACGAGGCCAUGUACCUGACCCUGGCCAACGCGGUGCCCAUCGCCGGCAUGGUCUUCUCCUCCAUUCAGAUCGUCAUCACGCUGCUUCGCCACCAGGCGCGCAUCGUGGCCAUGAACUCUGAAGCCCACAGCGGCGCGGCGAGCGCCCAAGCUAACGGCGACGCACCCCCCGGCAACCAAGCGCAAGCGCCCAACGCCCCCUCCGCUCAAGAGCCGUCAAAGGAGCCGUCCAACCAAGCCCAAGGUACAGUUCAGCCGAGCCCCAAAGAGGCUCCAACCAGGCCAAACAAGGCCAGCGGUAGCCCGAGCAACCAGGUAAGAGCGGCGAAGAGCGUGGUGGCAGUAGCUAGCGUGUUCCUGGUCUGCUGGCUCACCCACAUGGUGCUCCGCAUCAGCAGCAACGUGCACGAGUCCUCUCUCGUGGUGGAGGUGGCCAGCUACAUUGCAGCGUCUUACACCUGCAUUAUUCCCUACAUCUUCCUGUACGGCGUCAAGAAGCUGUCAUGCUCCUGUAGACGUUAA